UGUAUGCGAUGCAAAUGGCGCCCGGACUUGAAUUUGGAACCUGAAACAAGAAACCCAGGCCCUCGAAAAUAUUUCUCGCCUCCUUUUGAAAUCUCUCUCUCUCUCGCUGAAGUUUAUGUGAGCACCAAUGUCGUCCUUCACUUAGCCCUAAAGUUCUCGCCUCGGUUUCUUUUCUCAUUUGGUGGUUUUGGAACAAUCAGCUCUCGACACUCUCCAAGAAAUGGACCGGAGACUCAACGGCCCAACCGUACUUUCCGCUGCCACAAGAUUGUCUCCUCCGCAACCUAACUACCAUAGUCGAGCUGUUCGGGAAGCACUGGAACACUUGGCAUCCAUUGACCUGUUUGAGUUGUGCAAUGAAGCAAAAGUUGAACAUUGUCGAGCAACUAGAGACUUGAGAAGCUGUGGACGCUACGUACACAAUACUUUGAUCUCCUGUGGACAUGCCUCUUUAUGUGAAGAGUGUAGUCAAAGGUGUGAUCUUUGCCCCAUAUGUAGAAUCCCACUGCCAAAGAAUGGUAAUAGACUGCGGCUCCGCCUUUACUAUGAGUGCAUACAGGCUGGCCUCAUCUCCAAAAGAGCUGAUGAGAGAUUUCAAGAGAUGGAAGAUGGGGACAAGCAACUAACUGCUGAUGUCCAACGCCUCUAUUCUUUGUUUGAUGUUGCCCUGGAGAAUAACUUAGUUUCUUUGAUUUGCCAUUAUAUAACAGAUGUUUGUAUGGAUGAAAGUGCUGUGUCUAGUGAUCCUGUCAUUGCUUUCUUGUUGGAUGAAGUGGUUGUCAAGGAUUGGUGCAAGAGGACUUUCAGAAACAUCACAACAGAACUUCAAGAAAUUUAUAAUAUUGAAGUGGAAGGUAUGAGAUCUAGGUUGAGUUUGCUACUUAAGUUUUCUGUCCAGCUGGCUGCCAUAUGCAAUGUGCUUGAAGUUUUGGAGUCAUCUUUUAAGGGCACUCUUUCAGCACAGCUUCAUGACUUGCACCGCCUUCAAGAGAACAUAUUAAAGACAAAGCAGCAUAUGGAGAUAAUGAUGUGGUGCAUAAGACAUCAAUUUCUGGAGAAUGUGAGAUCUCGACAUACUGAUUUCAUGUCAUGGUGUUCGCUUGUCCGUGAACGGAAAUCAGCUGCAAUUAAGCGAUCGUGGCCUGAUGCAGUAAAUUACUCUGCAGAGCCUUCUGGACAGGAUGGUUCCUUGUUCAUUGAAGAUGCCUUGCUGAAUCUUGAUACUGAGCAGGGAAAUACAGAGGAAACAGCAGAGGAAUUAGAAGCUGCAUCAUUGCUGAAAAGUGGAGUUUUGUCUAUUCUUCAGUGCAAGAUAGGGGGGGUGGCUGGUUGCUACCCUUUCGAAAAUCUUCGAACUGCAGUUGAUAUACUCUUUUUAUGUGGAAGUUCUGACUUGGUGGUUGCAAAGCAAGCAAUUCUUCUCUAUUAUCUAUUUGAUAGACAUUGGGAAAUGCCCGAUGAAACAUGGAGACACUUUGUGGAAGAUUUUGCUGCCACUUUUAGUAUUACCAGGCACUCAUUAUUGGAAUCUUUAGUUUUUUAUCUGUUGGAUGACCACACAGAUGAGGCUCUGCAGGAAGCUUGUCGCCUUAUUCCAGAGAUCUCAGGCCCCACAACUCAUCCCAAGAUUGCACAAGUGUUCUUAGAAAGAAAUAAUCCGGAUGCAGCUCUGAUGGUUUUACGCUGGUCUGGGUGUGAUGGUGGAUUCCAGAUGAAACCGGUUUCACUUAGCGAGGCUGUCACAGCUGUUCAGGUGAGGGUAGAGUGUGGACUUCUGACUGAAGCAUUUACACACCAGAGAAUGCUCUGCACGAAAGUCAAGGAGAAGAAGUUGAAGCAUGUACCUUCUGGGAAUGCUUCUGAUGAUUUUGAAGGUGAAUUCAGGAAUUGGGAGAAAUGGGUGGAGAUAUUGGUAACUGAAAUCUGUUGCCUUUGUAUUCGGAGGAACUUGGUAGAUCGAAUGAUAGAGUUGCCAUGGAAUUCUGAUGAGGAGAAACAUAUCCAUAAGUGUCUGUUGGAUUUUACUUAUGAAGACCCUUCAAUAACUACUGGAAAUCUUCUUGUUGUAUACUAUCUUCAGCGCUACCGAUAUACUGAAGCAUACCUAGUUGACCUUAAACUUAAGACUCUGGAGCAGGAGUUCGUUUCAAAGAAUUCUGUUGGUGAAGAAGUUUUGUCUAGAAUGAGAUCAGCAAUUGACUGGAGAGGAAGAUUGAUUGAUAGAUGCAUGGAGUUGCUGCCAGAAGUCCAGAGGCAACUAGUGAAGUCUGGAAAAUUGCCUGAGAUUGCUGUUAGUUCUGGUGAAGAAGUUAUAGUGCCAGCAAAAUCUGAUAUUACUGAUGUACAAGAGCCAACAUCAACCAGUAUAUUGAUUCCCUCAUUUACCGAUUCUUCUCUUUGUCGGGGGAUGGACCAUAUGACUCCUCCCUUGAGGCCAUCGGCCUUUGUAACUCCGAGAAGACUCCAUGGGUCUUUCAACAAUCAUCGCUCUGAACUUGUCAAGCAUGAUACCCCAUCAAUUCUACAUGGAAGGGGAUUAAGACCUAUAGGUAGCACCAACAAAGACUCCAAAUUGGAUGUCACAGUCACUCCUGAAACUCAUCGAGUUAGUCCCAUGAAUGUGUCGCCAUUGAGAGAAAUUAACAAGGCUUACUUUGGCAAUCUCCAAGACGCCUCGCCAGAAAUGGAACACAGUGUUUUUAUUAACCAAUUCCAAAAUACUUACAGGGUUAGUUCUAAUCGAAAGGGCACACCUGGCAGCAAUCAUGGCUUGUUUAAAGAUUCUGCAGGGGGCUUAAACACAAAUUUGUCUGGUAAAAGAAUCCAAUCUGAUAGAGAUUAUAGACUUUGGAAUGCAGUCUCUUCAGAUGAUCAAAUGGAAUUCUCUCGGAGUCAUGGAGAAAAGAGUUUUGCUGCUGCGGACAGGACUAUGAACAGUGGACCAAGAUGGAGAUCAGAUGAAACCAGUGACGAGGAAGAGGAGCAGAGUCCAGGAGGAAGUAUGGGGAUGUCUUAUCAAACAACUCCCUCAAGGAGAAUUAGGAGAAGCAGACUUACCAAGAGGUGAAGAUUGCAUCUACCUAUUCUGUAACAUUGAUAUCCUUGUCCUUCCAUGGUGGCUCCUCAGUCUGGUCCGGGAAAAAGCAAACCUGCAAUGCUGCAGACAUAGUUUGCCUUUCAAGUAAAGGGGUCGUGCUGCAAACGUAGUUUGAGUUCUGCAGUUUCCAUGGAUGGGAAGGCUAACAAGUUAAAAUAAUACCGGUAUACAAUUGUACUGUCCAAAUUCAGCAAGGAGAUACAAGCUUUGACCGGAUCAUUUGGCUAGCGAUGGGAUUCAGCUUUUUAGGGAGAACAAUGUGUGCAGGGUUAGGAACAAUUUUUGUAUUUUUGUUGAGGUAAUUCAAAGGCUGACACAGUCAUUUGGUACCUGUAGGUUCAACGUUUUGUUAAAGUAUCUAAAACAUAUUGUUUUUGUAAGAUAUUGAAAAUACAAAAAUUUUAUGUGCAGUCAUUUUGCAUA